AUGAACAAGGUUUUAGCAAUUUUGGUUUUGUCUGCAACUUUGAGCUUGUCAGCAGCUUCGACACUUACUUUCAAUGAAUUUUGGUCCUUGGCUGAUAUCAAUGAAUACAUGGAUGAAUUGAUUCAAGAUUUCCCAGCACUUUUCUCCAGAGAACAAUAUGGAACAACAAGUGAAGGCCGUCGUGUUGAAGCUUUCGUGAUUCGUCGAGGGGCACCAAAGCCGACAAUUGUUGUUGAAUGCGGUAUCAGUCCCAGAGAAUGGCUUAGCACAAUGACAGCCAUGUACAUCAUUCAUGAACUUGUAGAACAUGAUUACGAGUUUGAUGACAUCUUAAAUGCAAUUGAUAUCGUUGUUGUCCCAGUCUCAAACCCAGAUGGCUACGUGUUCAGUCAUACCACUGACAGAAACUGGAAUAAGAAUCGUCGUGCUGUUUCUGCAUCAUGCUUUGGUGCUGAUAUCAACCGAAACUUUCAAUACCAAUUCUUGUCGACAGGCGAUCCUUGCGGAGAAAACUUUUCUGGACCAUUCUUCUUCUCUGAAGCUGAAAGUCAAUCAAUUCGUGAUGUUUUAUUAGCUCAUCAAUCUCGUGUCAUCAUGUUUGUUAGCGUCCGAGGUGGUGGUCAGCGAAUUAUUAUUCCUUACAAUUAUCUUGGCGUUCCAAGUACUGUUAAUGAAGCACGCCAAAGAAAUGUUGCUGGCCAAGUUGCAGCAGCUUUGAAUUCAGCUAACGGAAGAAUUUACACAGUCGGUGUUGGUGGAAUCUUAAAUGGAGUUCAAUCAGGAACACCAAUUGAUUUCGCUUAUGAAUUGAGAAACAUUCCAAUGUCCUUCGAACUCAGAUUACCUUCAGGCACAGGAGCACCAUGGGUUAUUCCAGAAGCUCAACUUAAUGCAUUAUUACGAGAAGCUUUCAGAGGAUUUGUAGCAUUCGCAAAUGCUGCUGUUGCUAUGUAA